AUGGACAUCAAGCUCUCGUCUGAUGCUCUGGACGUAUGCUUUCAUCCCAAUGAAAGCACUAAUCAGAUAGUUGUCGGACUGAUAAGUGGAAAAGUGCAACUAUAUGACUAUACGGACAUGCUUAAAAAUGACAUCUCGGACGAAUCAGGCAAAAGCAAGGCAUACAAACGGCUAUGGAGUGUUCGCCCUUCGCACAAGAGCUGUCGUGGCGUCGCUUUCGACGCUUCAGGAUCUAAUAUUUUCUGCAUUUUUAAAGACAAGUCUAUUAUUGCUUUGGAUCCUAGCAGUGGACAUGUCAAAGCGCGCUGGUCUAGUGCCCAUGAGUCCGCGCCAUCACGUAUUCUCUCUAUUAAUGAGUCAUUAUUAGCUACUGGUGACGACGACGGCGUAGUAAGGUUAUGGAAUCCGAAUGAUGUACCAAAAAAAGACGCGAAACCUAAGCCGAUUCAGUCAUACGAGCAUCACUCGGAUUGGAUCACAGAUAUGUUAUGGUGCACUCAUCUUGAUGCGCCGCGCACAAAAACGAAGGACAUGGAUGAGGGAGCGAAAAGGAAACGGAAUUCGGAUGGUGAGCGAAGUCGGCUGGUUGUAACGAGCGGUGAUGGUACAUUAAGUGUGAUUGACGUUCAUGGUGGAAAAAAAGGCGUGGAAGUCAGCGAGGACCAAGAGGAUGAAUUACUGUCUAUUGCUCCCAUUAAGGACGGAAAGAAACUCGUUGUGGGUACGCAGCUAGGCAUUCUUUCACUUUGGGCUCCAGAUCGUGGAAUGCUGGACCAUGUGGACCGCUUUCCUGGUCACCCUUCCAGUGUUGAUGCUAUGUGCACACUCGACCAUGACACGGUGCUUACUGGCUCCUCUGAUGGACUUAUCCGUGUAAUUCAACUAUUUCCACACAAGCUACUUGGCGUUGUAGGGGAUCAUAACGGCAUGCCCAUUGAGUGUAUUGUCCGGAAAGGUGCUCUAGUGGCCAGUAUAGGCCAUGGAAACGAGUGCAAGCUCACAAAUCUCGCCCCACUAUUCGAGGAGGGAGAUAUUGAACCGGAUGACGAUGAUACUGACCCCGAGGUCAUGCUUGCUUCAGAAAAUGCAGAGCCUAUAUCUCGCAGUGUGGAUGCCUCAGAUAACAGUUCCAACGAAGCUGAAGCACCACUCGCCAAGCGACGCGAUGUCAAGUCAACACCCUUGUCUAAGUCUGACAAAGAGCCUGAUGGACACGCCUCUUUCUUUGCUGAUUUGCAAUAG